ACACACUUUUGGAUCACACUCAUAGUGCGCGCAUAAAAAUGCUGAUGGCAUUUAAACUGGCUUACAGAGCUUCACUGAUGGUGCUCUUAAUUUGCACGGACAAGUUGCAUUGCAAUGUGGAUCCCCCCGAGGAGAUUAAAAUCAUAGAUCCUGGUCAUCUUGGCCGUCUGGAGAUAACAUGGACUCUGCCAUCCAGUUUAAUUAAUAUCCAAGAAGGUGCUAUACAUUACCAGUUGGAAUACUUCAACGCAUAUACGAAGAGUUGGGACGUUAUUCAGACGCCUCAGAGGACAUACAGCGCUCAGUUUGAUCUGAUGAAGGACAUCAGCGUGAGAGUGUACACCCUGCUGGGUGGAUCCUGCACUAAUAACACUUGGAUCAAGAGUCUAAACUACAAAGAACUGGUGCAGAAACCUCCUGGCACAGAUCGUCAGGCCGUGAAAGAUUUUGGGUGUGUGUUUUAUAACAUGGAGCACAUGAUCUGCAAUUGGAAUAAACACCCAAACUCUCCAGCCUCCUCACAGUUGCAUAUGUACUACUGGCACAAAGAACUGGAAAAAACAGAGGAGUGUCCUAAGUACCUCUUUACAAAUGAAGUCAAGAGUGGCUGCAACUUUACAGGACAACAUUUCUCCGUUUUUACUGACAUCAACUUCUGUGUUAAUGGCUCCUCUUCCGAAGGCCCCCUUUGGCCUACGUAUGCCUCCAUUCAAAUCCAAAACUUUGUGAAACCUGAUCAUGCGGACAAGCCCGAUCUGCUGACAGGUCGACUCGCCCAUAUCAACCUUCUCUGGAGGAAACCUGAUGGGAGAGUUCCUGAGCACUGCCUAGAAUGGGAGGUGGAGCACACCAAAGAAGGCCCUCAUGGGAAAAAUGAAUCUGUACGUUAGCCAAUACCCAAAACUCCCGGACCGCUUGUUUGAAUAGUGUAUAGCUUCCCACCAAAUUUUCUUAUUUGAAAUGGAAUUGGCUGGAUAGAGUACAAGGAGAAAAGGACAGCGCCA